CGGACUUGAACCCAUCUCUAUUGGCGAAGCCAAUCCUCCGAGCUGACAUUUGUUCAGUUCAUUCCAAAUUAAUAAUAAUACCUUUGUUAGGUUAUGGGAUAAGCUUAUGACGUCGCGUAAUCACUUCGAUGAUUGAUUUCGAAUUGCUCGGCAUUAGCAGGGUUAGUCCGAAAGGUUGCUUUCGCUUAUUAGUGAUACUAUAUAUAUGGUAUUGUCAAGUCCAUGUCUCCAUGGUAAUUGCUGUACUGUCCUCAUUGAACCUUUCACCACGGCCAAGAACCCCCUCGUGAAUCAUGGAAGCUGUCCUUCGAGAUGCUCCUCUGGGGCAAAUUAUCCGACUCCUGACGAGGAAUCGGUACUUUCAAUAUCCAGAAGAAAAGCCCGGCUUCAAACUCCCCGAGCCAUGGAUACAACUGAUGAAUGAAAACAACAAUGGAAAGGAAAAGGAAGAAGGCGAGAGUGAUGAGUUGACUGUGAAACAGAGCCAUGACUCUGGAACGACCAACAAUCCUGACGAAGCCCGCCUUGAGGCUGGUGAGGAACAGGAUAUAACGAUCAAAAGAACGUAUUCCAUGCCGAUCGUCCCCCAACGAACCAAAGAGGGUGCUAUCCUGGUCGAUUGGUAUUAUACCGACGAUGCAGAGAACCCACACAAUUGGUCCAAUGUCAAGCGGGCGCUGCUCGCGACUAUCAUCUGCCUCUACACGUUUGUUGUCUAUACUACAUCUGCCAUCUACACCUCAUCUGAGCAGGCCAUCAUGGCCAAAUUCGGGGUCAGCGAGCUGCUGGCCACCUUAGGCCUCUCACUUUACGUCCUCGGUUAUGGUACUGGCCCCUUGAUCUUCUCUCCCUUGAGUGAGAUUCCCAUAAUCGGACGCAAUCCUGUGUAUAUUAUCACCAUGUUUCUCUUCGUCAUCAUUUCUAUCCCCACGGCAUUAGUGGGCAACUUUCCCGGCUUGAUGGUGCUGCGCUUCUUGCAAGGCUUCUUCGGCUCUCCUUGUCUAGCCUCGGGCGGUGCCUCCAUCGGGGACAUGUACAGCUUCCUGUCUCUGCCAUACGCCAUGAUGGCCUGGGUUUCAGCUGCAUACUGUGGACCUGCUCUUGGCCCACUCAUCAGUGGCUUCGCAGUGCCCGCCGAGUCCUGGCGUUGGUCGCUUUACGAGUCUCUCUGGGCUUCAGCCCCAGUCUUCCUCAUCAUGUUUUUCUUCCUGCCCGAGACCAGCAGUGCGACGAUUCUUCUUCGACGGGCACAACGUCUUCGGAAGAUCUACAACGACAAACGUUUCAUGUCUCAGUCAGAGAUAGACCAGCGCCACCUGCGGUUGUCCGCCAUUGCAGUCGAUGCGCUCAUCAAGCCCUUAGAAAUCACCAUCAAAGAUCCGGCCGUGCUCUUUGUUCAAAUCUACACGGCCAUUAUCUACGGCAUCUACUACUCCUUCUUCGAGGUCUUCCCCCUCGUCUAUCCGGUCUACUAUAACAUGAAUCUGGGCCAGAUCGGCCUGGUCUUCCUGUGCAUCAUGGUCUCCUGCCUGCUGGGCGUCGCCAUCUACUUUUCUUACCUCUACUUCUGGGCCAAUCCUCGCAUCGUUAAGCUCGGGUUUCCUGUGCAGGAGCAACGUCUAGUCCCAGCUCUGCCCGCCUCUUUCGGUCCUACUAUCGGCCUAUUCCUCUUUGCCUGGACAGCGCGCGCCUCCAUCCACUGGAUUGUUCCCACCAUCGGCAUCGCCAUCUACGGUGCUGCCUGCUUUGUUGUCAUGCAAUGUAUCUUCAUCUAUGUUCCGCUCAGUUACCCAAAGUACGCUGCUAGUCUGUUCGCCGCCAAUGACUUCUUCCGCAGUGCGUUGGCUUGUGGCAGCGUGCUCUUUGCACACCCGCUCUUCAACAACUUGGGUGUGGCUCGCGGUGUCAGUCUCCUCGGUGGACUAAGCGUCAUCGGCAUCGUCGGAAUCUUCUUGCUUUACUUGUAUGGUUCCAGACUCCGUGCGUUGAGUAAGUUUGCUAUAUCAACCGAGGCGAUUGAAUAGCAUGGCUUGCAAGUUGAGGGUAUAUAUGCAAGAACGGUUUUGCACAAAUUUAUUAGAGCGUUCCUAUAUUAGCAUCCCAGUUUGAACUUGAUAUAGUAUCGAAAUCCAAUAACCGUAUCUGAUUGAGAAA